AUGAAAACAAGUGCAGGUAGAUUGUCGAUUUUUAAGAAAAAACCGAAAAAAGAGGAGAUUGAGAUUUCAUUGGACAUCCCUGAGAGUGUCCGGGCCAACGCGUUUUGGAAUAUCUGCCGACUUGACAAUUACCACAUUGUGUCGUGCUUGAUUAGACACUGUGGACAAGAGCUGAUCCCAUUCUGGGACGCGUUACGAGACUGUUUAGAUUCGGAUGGAGUGCUUUUGUAUAUUCUUCAACAACACAUCUAUGAAGAAGUGAAACUCACCAAAGACAAGGAACAACUGUUUCGAGUGAAUGGAGGGAUCACACACUUCAUGUCAUCGUUUAUGAGGAAAGAGGGGUUAUCUGUAUUAGAGAAUUAUAUCAACCCAAUCAUUCAAACCGUCAACUCCCUUCCAAACGUACUCGAAGUCGACCCCGUCAAAACUUCACAACAAGAAGCCGAUCAAAACGUGGUCACACUGAUGUCAAUAUUAAAAGAAAAGGUCUGUAAAUGGGAAUACUUGAAAAGUCUUCUCACCCCAUCUCUCACUUUCAUCUUCUCCUGUAUCAAAAAUGAAGUCUCCAAAAAGUGGCCAGAAAACUCUUUGAUUGCUAUCGGGGGAUUUCUGUUCCUCAGAUUCAUUAACCCAGCACUGGUAUCCCCACAACGGUUUGGAGCACAGAUGGUACUCGCCAAUGAAACAGGAGCUCGUACACUUAUACUCAUCGGAAAAAUAGUCCAGGCUAUGGCUAAUCAACCACCAGAACCUUUUAAAGAAGAAUUUAUGUACCCGUUUGUUGAGUAUGUAACGACACAGUACAGUUCUAUUAAUACCUUUUUAACGAAUAUCUCGAGUAACAUGAAACGACCGAUAACGAAUCGAUAUGUCACCGACGAGGUUGUGAUCAAUUCGACGCCGACUAUACUUAAAGUCAUCUCGUCGUUCAAGGAAGAACAAAUGAACGCUUUUAUGGAAGCGGUUGACGAGAUGCCAGGGACUAAAGUGAAACUCUCGGCGAUGUUGUCGAACUCGAAUUUGAUGCGGUCGUUCACAUACGCUGACCAGAACGCGGUGCUGAAUUUAAUGAUGAAAACGAUGAAACAGGCGAUAGUGAAUUACGAGUACGAAGUGAAUCAACUGAAUGAGCGCGUUGUCGAUUUGUAUUUGAAGCUGGGAGAGGUCCUCCCGGACCAAAAGACGUUACCGGAGAUCACUUUAUUAGUGAUGCAAACACGACUGAAGAAACUCGAAGAAUUUCGAAAACAACAAGAGGCGAAAACGUCUGCUGUUCAAGUCGAUUUGUCUCCGAAAGAUCAACUUGUUGAUAAACAACAACAAAAUGCACCAGUCCAAAGGAAAGUGGAGAGUAACGAACCUCUUCCGAGUGCGACGGAAGUUGUCCAAGAACCUAUUCCAGAAGUCUUCUCCCCGACAAGUUCUGAAGACGAGCAAUCGUCAGAAGGGAGGUCUGGGAGUGAUUCGGAAGAGUUUAUGAAGGCGUGCCAAGAGUCGUAUAAGAACAAAGUGUCGAAAGAGAAUACAGUUGAAGACGGACAACGAGGGAAAGCUGUUACGAUGAGUGUGAAAGAGUAUAAAGCGUCACUUGAGAAGAGACAGACGAUGCCAGACCCACUGAAAAAUGAAUUGAAAAAGGUGAUAAAGAAGUGUCACCAUAUUAGACAUAAAGUGCACGUGUGUAAUGACUCAAAGAAGUUAUACCACUGCUCUGUGGAGUUCAUUGCAGGGAUCCAAUUUCUCUCGGGAAAGACAAACACCGUUGCGCACAAAAAUGUUGAGUGCGACGAGGCGUUGAUCCCAAAAACGAAGGACUUAAUAGACAAAUUGAUUCUUCUGAUGGAAAGGAAGAUUCAAGACGAUGAAAACGUGACGAUCCAAUACUUGAAAGACACUCUGACGUGCCUGAAUAAUGCGGCUUCAUAUCUUAAAUGA